GCACCGUUGAUUACAACCUCACGUACUGUAAAAGGGAAACAGUAAUGUUAAGUAGACUAGACUCGGCGAUUUUCAUUCGGUUUUGUCUUCAUAUGAUUGAAUUUGAUCGGUGGUGUCAGUGAUGUUUGCCAGUGAAGUAAAGGACUGCAUUUGUAGAGCAGGGACUCAGUGACUAAGUUUAUGAGAGCAGCCUUAAGCCAUGAACUGCCUGAUCAAGUUCACUCCAGCCCAAGAGGAGGAGGGGCGCUGGCUGGGAGUCAGCGGAGGAACAAACCAGCAAGAGAGACAGAGUGCGCUGAGUGGAAAGGAGGCCAAAGAGUUUUACCAAAGCCUUAUACAGGAAGGAGGGGCAGCAGGAGAAAGCAGAAGAGAACCGAGGAGAACAAAUAACACUGUGAGAGAAAGACGCCGGCAGAGAGAGCCUCCCCGCACCACUGUGGCCUCUGAGAGGGAUGGACACAAGCUGUUGAGAUGUGCCCAGGAGGGAGAUCUGCCAGGGCUGAAGGAGUUACUGGAGAAGAAGGGAUGCGACAUCAACUUUAAGGAUGACUACUUCUGGACAGCCAUCAUGUGUGCGAGCUACGCGGGGCAGCGGGGCACAGUGCGGUUCCUUCUCCAAAAGGGGGCGGCCUGGGUGGGGGUGGUGGACACUCAGGGCCGAGAUGCCCGUGACUUAGCCGAUCAGGCAGGGCAUACGGACGUGGUGACGGAGCUAGAUGGGUACGGACUCCAGCCAGAGACGCCGAGCGCCACAGACAGUGGCGCCUCCUCCCAGCCCCAGUGGUGCUCAGUGUGUGGGACCCAUUACAGCGAGAGUGAGGACCAGCAUCAGAGCUCCACGCUGCACCAGUUCAGCCUGCGCCGCCCGCCCCCCACCCCCCACUACUGCCUGCCCCCCUCCAGUGCCAGCUUCCGAAUGAUGGUCCGCGAGGGCUGGGACCCGGGGGCAGGGCUGGGGCCCAAGGGGGAGGGCCGAAAGCAGCCCGUCCGGACGGUGCUGAAGAGGGACCAGGGAGGGCUGGGGUACGGCCCCGCGCCCCGCGCUCGGGUCACACACUUUAAGGCAAAGGACACGCAGGCGGUGAAGCAGGCCCCCCGGGGCCGUGUGGAAAGAGGGGUGACACUGGGACGCAGGGCAGAGAGGAGAAAGGAGGUGAAGGACAGGAACUGGGAGAGGGACUUUCGCACCUCCUUCAACCUCUAAUCUUUUAUCCCAUAUUCAUUCUGAUACAAGGGCAAUUAACUGUCUGUGC